AGAGAGAGAGCAUCCCAGUAGCCAUUUUUGCUGCGACCUUUCGAAGCUUUUUUCUGUUUCACUCAAUGGCUCCGCCGAAGAGUACCGGAGGAGGAGGAGGAGAUAAGGGGAAAUCUGUUGCGACGGCAGCUACGUCAACAAGGCAGACUCGAAGCAUGGAUCGUCGGACUCGGAGCCAAUCUCAGGCACGCGGUGGUGUCAACUCGGCAUCUUCCAAGCUCUUUAACUUCGAAUCUCCGGAGAAGAAGAAAAGGAAGACGAAAGCGAAGGAAGGUGGAGCUGCGGCGACGAAGAAGAUCAAGAAAGAAAAGGAGGAAGCUGUUGUAGAAGAAGACGAUGCCGCAGGUGAAGGAGAAGAAGACGAAGAUGUCUCCGAGCAAAAGACGAUUGUGAUCGAGCACUGCAAACAACACAAAUCAUUCAAGGAGAGAGCCACCGAGGUGAAGGAAGGUCUGGAGAUAGCUAUCCCUGGCAUCAUUGUCAAUGUCAAUCCUGAUAAGCCAAGGCGUGGAUGCUUUGAGAUUCGAGAGGAAGGUGGCGAAACAUUUGUUAGUCUUUUGGAGAUGAAGAAACCAUUUAAAGAGAUGACGGAACUUGAUAUGGAAGAGGUCGUUGCUGACAUCCUAAAGAGGAUUAAAUGAGGGAGGGAGGGAGGCUGCUGCACAUAGGCUCGUUACGUAAUCAAUUAGGCGCUUCAGUAUCUAACUCUCUAGAGCAACUGUGCAUGCUUUGUUUUUAGGCUUGGUGAAAACUCUUUUAAGUCAUUUUGUUGUGCUUACUCGGAUAUGUCUAGUUUCGUGAUGCUAAAAACUUCAUGAUCCUUGUAGUUUGGGAUUUUGAGUCAUUUCCAUAACAGCAUCUCAAUGCUUAUUCAAUUGUCCUGCUUAAUGGGAUAUUUGGUCUGUUGUGUUUAGUGUAUUGCAUUUAGUUGGAUGAAUGAAGAUAGUUACA